UGUAAUUUUUUUACAAUACUUUAAAUACAAUAAAAUGGAAUACAAUACGAAAAUAAACGAAAACUUAUGUAGGCUAUGUUUAAAAGGAAAUAAUCGAAUGUUAUGUUUAAAUAAUACGUAUCUACAAGAUGUUUACGAAAAAAUAACGGACAUUGAAUUAAACUCUAUAACAUACAUGCAAUCAAUAUGUUACAUAUGUGUUAAAAGGUUAAGAAAUUGUCACACAUUGAUUCAGCAAGCUAUUACUAGUGACAAAAUUUUGAAAGAUGCUCUACAAUGCAACUCUGAGGUCAAUGGAGUACAACAAAAUGAAAAAUUCAAACUGUCCGUAUCAUCAACGAUCAACAUAUCACUGGGCGACAUAGACUGUGACGUUAAAGAUGAGAUCGCUAUUAAAGAAGAAUUAAAUGUCCAAGGAGAUGGAAAUUACAUUGACGAUAUACCUAGUCAAAUUGAUCAAGAAAUAAAUAUAAAAGAUCAGUUGUCUUUGGAUGAUAUCAAAUCUGAUGACGUCAAAGAAAUAACAUCCGACUCUGAAGACGACGUACCAUUAAAGAAUAUCAGCAUGAAGAAGCAUCUGGAUAGGAAAAUCGAAGAGAAGGAAAUUAAAAGAAUUAAAAAAUAUAAGGAAACUAAAGUCGACGCUCAAGAAUUGAUCCUCGACGAGGAACAGCAGCUCGAUGAAAUGUUCCAGCGCUCGAAGUCGCUGAAUUAUUUGAAUUCUCCGUACAAAUGUGAUUUGUGUUACAAAGGUUUUCUCGACCCGAUAGCGUUUGAUAAACACAAAGAAAAACACGAUGAGAUAAGUGGCCCCCACGAGUGCCAGCUCUGUCACUUGAGAUAUUUAACGGUCAAGUCGCUGAGGGCUCACACGUCUUCCGCUCAUUCGAGACGCUUCUCCUGUAACAUAUGCUCGCAUCUUUCUCACACCAAACAUCAGGCUAAAGCCCAUGAGCAAUGGCAUAACGGACACACAUACCCGUGCAAGCCCUGCGGACGUGCCUUUAGCAAGCCGACCUCGUACCUGUCGCACGUGCGCAAGUGGCACGCGGGCGCGUCGGAGCACGUGUGCGGCGAGUGCGGGGAGGGGUUCGCGCGCCGGCACGGCCUGCUCAUGCACCGCAGCAAGGCGCACCGCGGGGACCGCAAACCGAAGCCCGAGCCCGAUCCGGACGGUUUCUGCGUCGAGUGCAACAUCCAGUUCGCGUCCACGGAAGCGAAGACGCGUCACGUGUUGAUCUCCAAGCGACACGUUAUCUUCAAGGAUAAUGACUCCAAGUGCUCGCUGUGCGGCGCGCGGGUGCCGCCCGCGGCGCGCGCGGCGCACGCGCGGCGCCACGUGCGCGCGCUCGCGCCCGCGCCCGCGCCGCGCCCGCCGCUCGCGCUCGCCUGCGACCAGUGCGAAUCGACGUUUCCAAGUCGAGCGAAACUCCAGAAUCACGUGAAACGAAUCCACCUGGGCUUGAAGUAUAAUAAAAACAUAGUCUGCGAGAUAUGCGGCAAGAAGUGCACGUCGGACGCCACGCUGCGCUACCACCAGCGCCGCCACACGGGCGAGAAGCCGUUCCCGUGCGAGCGCUGCGCCGCGCGCUUCGUGAGUCGCGAGCAGCUGCGCCUCCACGCGCGCACGCACUCCGGCGAGCGCCCUUACCGCUGCGCGCUCUGCCACCACGCCUUCAGCCAGAAGCCGGCGCUCACCCGCCACUACCGGGUCCACACGGGCGCGAAGCCCUAUGAGUGCCACGUGUGCGGCAAGCCUUUCAGCCAGUCGAAUUCGCUCAAGACGCACAUCCGGACGGUCCACCUGAGAUUACCUCCGAACAAGAAAAAAAAGGAUCAGACUGCAGAGCGAGCUGUCGACAAGGACGGCGCCGAAGUCAUAUGAAGACACAAUCUUGUAUCUUGUGAAUAAACUGUUGUGUUCUUUGAGAAAAAU